CGUUCGAAGCGGUUGUGGAUGCGCUUGCGAGCCGCGUUAUAUAUUUUGUGAAUGGAGUGCAAUCUAAUUCCAGACAGUAAAAUCUAAACAACCGUUACAAGUGUUUGGGACAUGCAAAAAUUUUAAAAAUAUCAAUAAAUAAAAAAAUAAACGAGAAUUUAUCUACAAUUCAAGUGCAUGCACAUAUAAAAACUUAUUCUGAAAUUACUAAUAAACAUUCAAGUGCACAUGCAUCAGCGUGUUUGUCUUCGAUCGAAUUGCAAAUCUGAAUGUUAAUGCUAAUGUUAAAUCAACAGUGCAACUACAUGAACAAUGCUUGGAUAAUUAUAUGUGAUCGGGCACUUAAAACAUUAUGUCGAUAGAAACCCCGUCGUUGGAGCGUAAAGUGAACUUUUUUCAAGAGACUGCAACAACUAAAAGUUUGUUUAUAUUUAAAAACAACAACAACAACAUUAACAACAUCAUCGUCCAGAACAAAAACUUUACCAAUAAACUGUACAGCAAGACAACAAAUAAUAAUAACAAAAGCAACAGCAACAGCUUCAACAGUCUACAUACGCAGUGCACUACUGUAUCAGCAACAAAUAUUAAAGCUAGAUUUAGACAUACAGGGCAGAAGCUUCAGCUUCAGCUGCUGCAGCAAGAAGAACAAGAGCGCCUGAGAGACAGCGUAAGCAGCCAAUUAGCGCAGCUGCUACCGCUUAAGCAGGAGCAGGAGCAGGAACUGCGGGUGGUCACGACGCCGACCGCAAUGCCCGAGGUGCUCGCCGGGACACCCACACAAUCGCAGAACAAAGCAUCUGCUGUCGCGGCAUCCGUAUCCGUAUCCAUGAUGAGCAGUGUGCGCUUGGCAACCAUUUCACCCAGUCUGUCAAUGAACGGCAGCUCCAACGAAGCCACAAAUUUGCAUCCCCUGUCCAUGUACGGCGGCUCAAUAAGCCCACAGUCAAACGAUAGCGGCAUGUCGGACGGCCACUCGCACAGCCUGAGCAAGUUCGUGCCGGGCAACGGCUAUGCGGACAGCCAUGGCCACAGUUUGAUGAGUAAGUCGUCCGGACAGAGCAGCGCCGUGGGUGAGGCACAGUCCACACUGACGGCCGCCCAAAAGGAGCUCUUCUCGCAGCGCAAGCAGCGCGAGUUUACGCCCGAUAACAAGAAGGAUGAGAGCUACUGGGACCGGCGGCGACGCAACAAUGAGGCGGCCAAACGGAGUCGCGAGAAGCGGCGCUACAACGACAUGGUCCUGGAGCAGCGUGUUAUUGAGCUAACCAAAGAGAAUCAUGUGCUGAAGGCGCAGCUGGACGCUAUUCGCGAUAAGUUUAAUAUUUCGGGCGAGAAUCUGGUGAGCGUGGAGAAAAUUCUCGCCUCUUUGCCCACCAGCGAGCAGGUGCUCAGCAAUACGAAGCGCGCCAAGAUGAGCAGCAGCAGCAACUCUUGCUCCUCGUCAUCGUCGGGCUCCUCGCCGGCCGGUGCCGGCUGCAGCUCACCGACCGCGCACACACACAGCGGCUACAUCAGCUCCAAUGCACCCUUGCUCUCGCCGAUCGUGUACGGACCGAGCGGCAAUGUUAAUUCCGCCAGCGAGUCAUUGACAUCAUCGUCAUCGUCCAACAAGAAUGGUCAGCAUCAUCUGGGGCAGCAUGGACCACCACCACCGCCGCCGCCGCCCCAUCCCCAAACCCAUCCGCAUCCGCAUUCACAUCCGUACCACCAGCUGCAACAGCCAGCCCAUCAUCAGCAAGUGCAGGACGCUGCUCCCGCCUCAGCAAUGGAUGGACACAAUCGGCCGCCAAGCAACGCCAUCGCCAAUCUGCAUGUGCUGCAACAAGCGCUGCACCGCAACGUGAGACCCCAGGAUCUGGACAGCCUGCGCAAAGUUGUGGCUGUUGGAGCGCUCUACAAUGCGGCGACAGUAGGCGCGGCGUCGCCAGCCGGCGCAACGAUAUAUACACCUGCACCAGUGAAUGCAAAUGCCAGCGCAAGUUCACCCACAGCCGGAUAUGUUGCCAUCAGCAAGGAUCAACUGGAAGCUAGCUACGUGGAGGGUGCCGUCAGCAGCAGUGCGGUGGAUACAGUGAGCAGCACCUGCUCCGCGGUCGUCAGCUCGGCUGCGGCCAGCGUGCUGAAUCUAUCGAGACGUGCCUGUUCACCCAGCUACGAUCACAUGUUGUCCUCGACCACAUGCCUGACGUCCCAUCGCUCGUCGGCGUCUUCGUGCGCCUCGUCGUCGGGCGCCGUUUCCGGCGACGAUGAGCAGGAGCAUGAUGUCGCCGAUGUGACUGCUCGCUCGCAGGAUUCGCAUGCGCUGGCCUGCAUGCAGCGCAGCAGUCCAGCACAUGGCAGCGAAGCCAACAACUGUCUGCCAUUGAAGCUGCGCCACAAGUCGCAUCUGGGCGAUAAGGAUGCGGCCGCAACGGCGCUGCUAUCGCUGCAGCACAUCAAGCAGGAGCCCAACUGCAAUCGCUCCUCGCCGCCCGCAUGGAACGACGGCGGCGACAAUUCGAGCGACGAGCGCGACUCGGGCAUUUCGAUUGCCAGCGCCGAAUGGACGGCACAGUUUCAGCGCAAGCUGCUGGCGCCCAAAGAUGCCGUCGUAUCGGUUGCAGUUGUCGCCAACGUGGAUCGCGAUCAAAUGCUCAAAAGCCAGUUGGAGCGACUCGAGUCGGAGGUGGCCAGCAUCAAGAGCAUGAUGAUCCUUGCCGAUUAGAUUGACAGGCGAACGGGGAGAGAGAGCGAAGAGACAGACAAAACAUGUAAAGAAGGCGAAGAAUUUGUUGUUGAUAUAAGUAUAUGUUGAUUUGACUUAUUCGAGUAUGCCGCCAAUGUUGCUAUGGCCGGAUGUAUGAGGCGUGCUCUGAGCAAGCAGAUACUGACUGCUGUUCCCUAAAUGUGCAUACCCAGCCCAUGUCCAAGGGCAGCCGAGGGAAGGCCUCUGUGCUCUCAGAUUUGUUGCCAUUUGGCAUUUCUGUGUAGAGUUUCGAUAAACAUGUUCAACAAAUAUUGAUAUGCGAUUAACUACUUAUAUAGAUCUCGUUUAAUUAGGAGCGCCGCCCUUCAAAAUCAAUUAGCUGGUUUUCUUUUUAGUUUCCUUUGAUUGUCAUAAUACAUGGUAUGUCAUGUGUGUACAUCAAUGAACACUUUUUGGGCCAUUGUUGUCUAAAAACAAAAAGAAAAGAAAAACUAUAUACUAUGCUUUAAUCGAUUACUCAUUGUUGUUCUCUAAAUGUAUAUUUAUAUAUAAUUUAAUCAAAACAAUCCUAAGUAUUUACUGUUGUACAUUGCACAUAAGUAAUAAUAAGUUAUAAUAUUGUAUGUUUUUCAUCUCGAUCAAUUUCCAUUUUCAUCAGCUGUGUAAAAAGAUUCAUCAAUUAUCAUUGUACAUAAGCGCAUUGCAAUAUACGUAGGCAGUUAGUAAGAUAGUCAGAUAGUCAGAUAGUAAGAUAGAAGCAUUAAGUUGAUUGCAAAAGCAAAGCUUAUUUAUUAUUAUCAUAUCACAAAGCAAAUACUAUAAACAAUUAGUUAAGUUAAGUAAUCGAACCAUUAACAAUUUCUACCAGGCGUCCAAUAGUAGAAGUUUUCAAAAUAAGCGCAUAACUUGUUAGUUAUCAAAUGGCAUACAUUUUAAACAAUAUACCACAUACAAUACCUGCAUAUAUCGAUGUUUAAACUAUUUUGGAAUUUAUAGUGUAUGCCCGGAUUCGGAUUUAUAAAAUUGAAUCCCAGAUGAAGCAUGCCAAGGCCGUGUUUGCAUUGCAUUCUUUUGUAUGUUUUGCUUGACAUUAACAUUUGCCGAGGGCAACAUUUAGUUAAUAUAUAUAUAAGUUCUAUUACCGAUAAUCUAUAUCCUAAUAAUUAUUUAUACCAACUCGUUUGUAAACAUAUAUAUAUGUUAUAUAUCUAUUUGAUUGUCACA